AGGAGAUCGAAGCUGGAUAUGGGACACGCCAAUGUAUCUCAAGGUACAAAAAUCAAGUUUUAAAAAUUUCCCCUACAACACUGAUAUCGUCCACGUUCGCUGUUGCCAUCGGCUCCUACCAUGGCGUCUCGUGCCCAUUGGUUGAUCUAUCUGAUAAUUGUAAUGUCUAUAGGAUCCAAAGUCAUAGCUUCUUUUAGCAAUGAAGGAACUGAAUUUUAUGUAGGAUUUAUGAACAAUGAUUAUGGUGAUGGUCGUGAUAUGUACCUGUACAUGACGACUGGGUCUAACACACCGGCAGAAGUCACUGUCACAGCUCCGAAACAAGAUACCAAUUUUCGUAAAACAGCACAGGUAUCAAGGGGACAGAGUGUGAGAGUCUCCAUACCAGCGAACUUCAAAGCCACAGGCAGUCAGGUGGAAAACAAGGGUAUUCACGUCAUGUCUACCCAACCCAUUUCACUGUAUGGUCUGAAUCAGGAACAGGGGUCUGGAGAUGCGUUCACUGCCAUACCUUUGACUGCCCUUGGUUCAAUUUAUUCCGCCAUUACAUGGACAAACCAAGGACAGGUUCUCGUGGUUUCCACUCAAGACUGUACCGAAGUUACAAUUAAGCUGCCAGGCAGACGCGGUAACACCGUUACCUUCAACGGUGUAACGCAUACUAAUUAUGCCGAGUUCACAGUGACCAUGUCAAGGUACCAGACCCUUCACCUCCAGAGUGAUGAUCUCACCGCCACUCAGAUUGUGGCUAACAGCGCUAUUGCUGUGUUCUCUGGAAGCAAAAAGGUACAUAUUGAAGGCACUCUGACGUCCGAUCAUCUGGUUCAACAGUUGACUCCCUAUGAUGCUUGGGGCAAAGAGUUCAUAAUUUCUGCUCCACCUAAUUCACAGAAGUAUAAAAUGAAGAUUGUGUCCCAAGACAGACAUCCAAAUCAAGGUAGGGUAUAUAUUUCCGGUGAGGGCCCAAGUAGAACAUUUGUGACCGAAUUCUACACCUUUGUCAGAGACUACAACAGUGAUGUUCUCAGACGCGUUUGGUCCGAUUCUCCAAUUCAAGUCGCCUUGUUUACACAAUCCAUGGAUUCCUCCACAAAUAUGAUAGAUGCCUCCAUGAUCAUAGUUCCACCCGUCUACCAGUACAGAUCUAGGUAUACCUUCACCACAUUGGGACAAACAGCUGCAGAGAUGUCCAGUCACAUGACAAUCUAUGUUGCGAAUUAUACAAUAAAUGCUGGCACACUGAGGAUGGAUGGCCAACCCUUGACUUUGCCUUUUACUAGAGUAGCGUCAACUAAUUAUUAUGUGGGUUCGAUGCCAGUAUCACCUGGAGCUCAUGAAAUCUACAGCAUUGAUCCCUUGGCAAACUUUUACAGUCUCAUAAGUGGAUUCCAUGCUAGUUCAAAUGGUAACUACUAUGUUACUUAUCCUGCAGGGAUGAACGUAGCCAAAAAUACAUUGGGGUGCAGUCCAUUUGUGGGACAAAAUAUUGUAGCUGGAAAUCAAGUUGAUGAAGACUGUGACGGAAGAGUAGAUGAGGAAAUCAAAAAUAAUAUCGACGAUGAUGGGGAUGGAAAAGUAGAUGAAGAUCUGACUCUUCCACCAAGAGGUACGUAUAGCUUUUCGUCUAUUUGUUGUGGACGUUUACUACGUGGACCCUGGGGAAGCUGGGAAGCGUGCAGCGUCACGUGUGAGAACGGGACCAAAAGCAGAAGAAGGCUAUGCAACAACCCAGAACCAACCAGUGGCGGUCUCCCGUGUCCAAGUGAUGUUCAGGGUGACACAGAUACGGAACCAUGUUCUUUACAACGGUGUCCAGGUAAAAUAGGCGGUGCUUGCACUUUGACCACCGACUGCAGUACAGUGGUGAGCAACAGCAGAUGUGUUCAGAGGAGAUGCGUGUGUUCCGUUGGCUACAAACCAGAUGCAGUCAACACUUCUUGCUUGACACCCGUUCGUGGUGCCCCUUGCAACGUGACCGAGGAUUGCUCGCCUUGUGAAGUGGGAAAUGCUGAUACCGCCAAUGACACAGCAUGCAGAACUACCACAAGGAAACGGUGCUCAGUCGACGGACACUGUAGGGCUGGCUCGACGCUUAAUUUUGAGUGCCAUCCAUAUCUGAAAGUUUGUGACUGCCCACUUGGUUUUCAUUCUGUGCGAGAAGAAUACUGUGUUAAACGGAAAAUAGGGAGCAAAACGUGUUACAGGGACGCUGACUGCAGUGAGGCAGUACAACAUAGCACGUGCACGGAGAAUGGUUGUGAAUGUAUCGAGGGUUACCAGCCUUCAGCGGACAUGACAGUGUGUACUGAAGAAUAUCAGGUUCUUGUCAUCACAGUCGUCACUGCUUCGGUGGCAGUAGGUGUGUGUGGCAUAGUAGUAGUAGCUGGGGCUGUUGCCUACGUCAGAAACCGUAGAAAGCGCACUCCUGCCGCACGGGAUAAUCACUUCACGGUAUCGGAACCCACACCAGAGACAGCCGCCUUAGACAGGCAUGCACCUUAUACGUCUUUGUCUGUGGAGGCGGUGGCAUUCCAGUCGGGUGCCGCAUCUAAUGAAACUGAUGGUUUUGCGCCUUACGUGGAAAUGACGUCACCUCAAUACGUAAAUGCACAGAUCAAUGUUAUUAACACAAGCGAUGCUUAACGGUAGUUAGGUUGACUUUUGAAAAUUAAGUGUAUAGAAAAAUGUAAUGUAGACGACAUGGGCCUUCCGACAAACGCUCAGAAUUUUCUUGAUCUACAUGAACGUACUUUCGUAGGGUUGAUUGUUGGUUGUUUCAUGGACCUAAUGAGAGAUCUCUCAUUAGGUCCAUGGCUGUUUGAAAGACUGAAGAAAACUAUCAGCCAAAAUUAUUCCAUAACUUUGGUGCAUAGGGGAGACCGGGGCUAGUUGGCCCAAACGAUUGUCUAACUUUGGCCCUCUACUAUUUGUACAUGUCAGGUACAUGGGUUGUUGGUCAAUAAUUUUUUGGGUUCUUUGACCAAUAUCGCAAUGUGGACAAUAUCUGUUACAUG